AUGCUCCAUUUGGAGCUUCUGCUCCACUUCAGCUUCGACGUCUAUGUACCCGAGCUCGGUGGCAGUCUCGGAAGACCUGCGACAGAGCUGGUGCUGAGAAUUGCCCAAGGCGCCCCCUUUCUGAUGCAUGGGGUCCUGGCCAUAUCUGCACGCCAUUUGACGAUCAUACGGCCCGAUGAUUCGACGCGAUACCUCGACCAAGCAUUUCGGUUACAGACGAGAGCUAUUGAGCUGUUCAAUUUGACACAUGACGAGCCUGGUCAAGAGAAUUGCGUGGCCCGGCUACUUUUCUCCUCCGUCCUCGGACGUCACAUACUAGCUGACGCGCUUCGUGAUGAUGGCCUUGACUUUCCCAGCUUUUUGCAACGUUUCGUAUACGGUAUUCGAAUCCAUGGGGGCGUCAAAGCGGUUGCGGCUCAACAAGACUGGACAUCCCUUUUGGAGACAGAGCUUGGUCCUUUAAUGACGAGGGGGCUUGCUGCGGACAUGUCCGAGAAAACCAUAGAGCUGAAUGAGACUAUGCAGUCACUCAUAUCUCAAUCGAAAAACUUGGAAACUGAGGAUAAGUCAGCCUGUGAGAUGGCUCUUCGGUUGGUAGAGGCGGGUAUCGAAGAACUAAGAGAUCAUGCCAGGGUUGAAUUUGGGAGACGCAUGAUGUUUACGUGGUCGAUCAUGCUUCCAGAUCGUUUUAUCGGUUUGAUGGAGCGCCAGGUCCCCGAGGCACUGGUGGUGUUGGGACGAUAUGCUAUAUUUUUGCAUUUUGGCGCAAUGUUUUGGCAGAUUGGAGAGGCAGGACCCCAUCUGCUUCGGGCCCUCAGCAAUCAUCUUGGUCCAAUGUGGCAGCCGUGGCUCGCGUGGCCGGAGGACUUGGAGUAUCAGACAAGUUUUCAAAGAGAAGCAGAAGCUUUGCGAGAGGGCUCUAGCGCACGAUAG